UAUCCCAUCAUCUACGAUAUUCGAGCCCGGCCGCGGAAAAUCUCCUCCCCCACCGGCUCCAAAGACUUGCAGAUGGUGAACAUUUCACUGCGUGUCCUCACCCGCCCCAAUGCCGCAGAGCUGCCCAGCAUGUACCAGCGCCUGGGCCUGGACUACGAGGAGCGAGUCCUGCCAUCCAUCGUGAACGAAGUGCUUAAGAGCGUGGUGGCCAAGUUCAAUGCCUCGCAGCUCAUCACGCAGAGAGCUCAGGUGUCUCUGCUCAUCAGGCGAGAGCUGACAGAGAGGGCCAAGGACUUCAGCCUCAUCCUGGACGAUGUGGCUAUCACAGAGCUCAGUUUCAGUCGUGAAUACACAGCAGCCGUGGAGGCUAAGCAAGUGGCCCAGCAGGAGGCACAGCGGGCGCAGUUUCUGGUGGAGAAGGCCAAGCAGGAGCAGAAGCAGAAGAUUGUUCAGGCUGAAGGGGAAGCGACAGCUGCCAAGAUGCUCGGUGAGGCUCUCAGCAGUAAUCCAGGCUACAUCAAGCUACGUAAGAUCCGCGCUGCUCAGAACAUCUCAAAAACGAUUGCUGGCUCCCAAAACCGUGUGUAUCUCACAGCAGACAACUUGGUCCUGAACCUGCAGGAUGAGGGCUUCACCAGAGGAAGUGACAGCCUCCUACUCAAACAAGGGAAGAAAUGAAGGAAACUGAAGCCUCCUCGAACCAGCGGCACUGACCAGCAGAAGAUGAGCGAGGAGCUCUGAACUCCCUCCACUGGCACCGUUUGCCCUCACUUGGAAGUUGCUAACCCAGUAGCCAGAUUUGGUUCCCAUGCCCCUGCUCCGUCUGUGGUGAUGCAGUUCUGGGAUUGAGCUGUGCCGCGGGGCAGCUGUAAUCCAUUCCUCACCCCACCAGUUACAUUUGGGGAGGGGACAAGGGUGCUAACUGGCGUUAACCAUGUGGAUAUAGUAAUUCACCUCUGGCUUUCAUUAAUCUUUAGAUUUCUGUAGGGUAAAAUCAGAUUCUUUUUGAUUUAUUUUUUUUUUGCCAAGUGAGGGAGUUCUGCUGCCAUCAGCAC